AUAAUCAUAACACUCUCUCUAGAUUUUUUCUCAAACUAGUAUCUUCAGAUAGAAUUUUCUCCUCUCACCUUUCGUCCCUCAAAUGAAUGGAAAAAAAUAUUCCCCAAAUGAAGAAAAGAAGCUACAAUCCAAGUGGGGUUUUAUCAAUUGAAGUUCUUGGUGGGUCCCUACUGACCCAUUCAACUUUUUGUCACUGUAUGGGGAAAUUAGGAAGGAUAAGCACUCAAUACAACGUCAAAUCCUUGUUUGCUUUUGGCAGUCCCCUGUCCAAAAGAAAGAAGACACCAGAGAGCAGGCCAGGGAACUGGGGCUGCUCCUCAAAAAUCAAUCACAAGUUUGAAAAUUACCCUUUUGAUCUGAUUAUGCAGAUUCAUAGCCUGCUGCUACUUUGAUUCUUCUACCCAUAUAAAGUUCUCCUCUCAUCCUCCAUAUUUCCAGGUUGUUCCAGAGAGAAAAAUGGACCUCCAUGAGUGGGAAAUCCUCUGUGAUGAUGGGUUGCUUGAAGAUUACAAAGAUGAUGAGAAGAAGAUCGUCUCGAGGAAGAGAAGAUCGGGUUCUGAUGCCAAGAUUGUGUUCGACAUGAACUACUUCUUGUGCCCAUCAAUGGAUUCCAUGAACCUCACCCAACCGACAAGGAAUUCUUCUUCAAGGUUGCCUAAGCAGCCGAUCCCUGUUCCUCUUCAGUUGGACUCACCAAUUCUCCAAGUCCCAGAAGAGGCACUGCCACUGAAAGAAAAAAACAAGGUGCCCAUGGUGAUCAGUGUUGUGCCAUCGGCCAUGAGUGAGAAGGAUGUGGAUCAUCAUAGAGGAGCUGUGGAGGCAGAUCAAGACACUGUUACUCAAGUUUUCUUCAAGAAAAUGAAGGAAAACGAAUUCGUCGACAUGAAAAUAGACUCACCGAGGUCCAGCAACAAGGGAACAAAGGCUCAAAUUGAUGUGGGGCAUUAUCAGUUUGAUGAUGGGGGUGAGGAAAAAAAAGAGAACGUUACAAACUCCCCGAGUGUGAAUUUGAAGAGCCAGAAAAGCAGCACGGAGAAUGGUGCCAAAGACGAGAUGAAUUGGGAUGGAUUCAAUGGUGGGCUGAACAUAUUGAAGUGGAGUUUAAAUGGGAUUGGUGCCAUUUGCUCCUUCGGGGUUGCAGCUGCCACUAUUUGUAUUCUGUUUUAUGGAGGCCAACACCAAGGUAACAAAUCACAUCAAAAGCUGAGAAUCCAGAUCUACACCGGUGACAAGGCAAACUCAUUUCACGGCACUUGGUUGCAGAAAUUAAAGCAAGUGGUUCAGCAAGCUACUAGAUUAAACGAAGCAAUCUCGGCAGCAAGAGGAGCGCCACUGACAAGGGCUCACAUAACCUGUGGUGGGCACUAUGAUGGGCUGUGAGAAAGCUAGGAAUUGGCUCUGCCUUGAAGAAAGACUCUAAGGGAGGAUGAAUUGAGGUGGAUUUGCCAAGGCAAAAUUCUAUCACUUUACCCGAAGUUUCAAUGUCUGUACAAAGGAUUAUAGUUUUGAGUACAAAAUAGGUUCAGGAGUCCUGCUUGGAUUAUGUGGGUAGAAUUCCAUGAGUCUCUGCCAAUACCGAGUGUUGUUCAACUAUUGAUUAUAGGCUAUAUGGUUUUGUCAUGUGUCUACUCUAUACUCUGGAGAAUUGGUACAAUCUUUACACACAUCAAACAGUGGAAAUGAAACUGAAUUGGUACAAUAUUUAUACAAGAAUAGAAAUCAUGAACCAAGCUUAAAAUUUCAA